AUGUCACUAGUUCGAGUGAAAUCUCAAUUAUGCCAAGGAAUAUCUCAAUAUGAUCGAUGUUCGCCAAAUAGUGCGUGUGUCUGUUUCUAUUUAGCAGAUGCUAUUGACGUUGGCAUUUGUGGCAAUGAAUUCGUAAAUUGUCCUGAGUUAGUUCCAUGUGAACGCUCAAAUAACUUUUGUCGUGAACCUAACCAUAGAUGUGUUCAUCAUCCUCGAUGUCAUAAUCUUCCUGUUUGUUAUCCAAUACCAAGUUUCAAUCAACAGCUCUGUCCACCGAUAGCAACAACGAACACUACAACUGCAGCUGCAAUUUCAACUACAGCUACAAGUGCAACUACAAUCCCAACUACAACUACAAUCACUACUCAGCAGUCAAUGAUUCCUAAUAUUCCAAUCAAUGCCCAAUGGACACAGAAUGGAGUGACCGUUGCUGGAGGCCAUGGAAGAGGCAAUGCCACCAAUCAACUCUACUAUCCUGAAAGUCUACUCAUUGAUAAUGAUCAAAUCAUGGUCAUCGCUGACUCCAGCAAUCAUCGUAUCAUUCAAUGGAAGAUGGAUGAUACGAAUGGACAAGUGAUAGCUGGUGGCAAUGGCGAAGGAAAUAGGUUGGACCAAUUGAAUAAUCCAACUAGUGUGUUGAUCGACAAAGAGACUGAUAGUCUCAUUAUUUGUGAUCGAGAGAAUCGACGAGUCGUGCGAUGGUCUCGUCAUAGUGGCACAACUCAAGGAGAAAUUCUCAUUGACAACAUAACUUGUGAAGGAUUGGCCAUGGAUGAUCAGAGAUAUCUCUAUAUCUCAGACUCUAACAAACAUGAAGUAAGGCGAUAUCAAAUAGAAGACAAGAAUGGAACCAUCGUGGCCGGUGGUCAUGGCAAAGAUACUGGUCUUAAUCAACUCAACUGGCCAACCUACCUCUUUGUCGAUCAACAACAGACUGUUUACGUGUCGGACAACGUCAAUCAUCGUGUGAUAAAAUGGAAUACAAGUGCAAAAGAAGGAAUUAUUGUCGCUGGGGGUCAAGGCCCAGCAAAUGCUAUGACACAAUUGCAACAUCCUCAUGGAUUGUUCGUCGAUACAUUGGGUACCCUCUAUGUAGCAGACGCAUUGAAUCAUCGAGUGAUGCGUUGGCCUAAAGAAGCAAAACAGGGCACUGUCAUUGUAGGUGGAAAUGGUGAAGGAGCAGGAGCAAAUCAGUUUAAAGGUACCACCGGUUUGUCCUUCGAUCGACAAGGCAAUCUCUAUGUCGUCGAUUGGGAGAAUCAUCGUGUUCAACGAUUCUCUAUCGAAUAG